AUGUCGUCUUCAAAGACACUCUCUUCGCCAAUCAAAGGCAGCCCUGCCGACGCUGGUCUGGGUCUCAGCACUUCUGAGAUGCGCAUCCUGAUAAUGAGCAUCGUUUGCCAGGAAACCAAAGCGGGAAAGACAACCCUUGACUAUGAGAGACUGGGUAACAAGCUCGGCUACACCCUAGGAUCGGUGAAGGUCAUGUAUGGGAAUGCAAAGCGAAAGCUCAGCAAGUUACAUGGAGACUCUUCCAUCGCUCCAUCCACUUCUGAGAACGAGACUACCCCCACAAAAGCUCCCAAGCGACCCCGCAAAUCUCUGAACACCCCGCAGAAGGCCACCACGAUCACCCCACGGAAGCGCAAGUCCGAGGAAAUUGAGGCUGAGGCUGGGCCUGAGGCCGAGCCUGAGACCAGGCCUGAGACCACGGACCCCGAGAUCGCUGAGGUCAAGGAUGAGGCUGCUGCCGGACCUUUCAACGAUUACUAA